AUGGUAGCAGCAAAUACCGCUGACGACCUGUCCGCCUACCUUGCUGAUCGUUUUGGCGGAGGGGACUUUAUUUUACAAUCCAAAGACAACUUAAGAAUAUGGUAUUUGUUGAUGAGCUUCGCUCUUCUUGUUGUGGUAACUGCAAAUGAAUCUCCACAACAAAUAGUGACUAGAUACAAUAAUUACAAGGCAAUAUGUAAUGGAAUGGAUUUUGAAAAUGUGCGCUGCAAAGAUACAAUUGCUUUCCAAUCUUCACUCACCAAGACUGUGGAAAACAUGAAGAAACAAGAGACUGUGAUCUUUGAUAAGGUUUCGUUAAACGAAGGAAGCGCUUAUGAUUAUACUUCCGGAAUCUUUACAGCACCGAUGGAUGGAAUCUAUUCCUUUACGUGGUCAAUAGUGACAAAAGCUGGAAAAUAUUUCGUGUCUGAAAUUGUGCGGAAUGGCCAAAAAGUUGCAUAUAAUUAUUCCGAUGGAAGGGGUCACGAUGGAUGGCCUAUUUCAACAUCACAUGCUAACAUCAAAAUGAAGAAAGGCGAUAAAGUGUGGAUUAGAGCCCAAGCAACCUGGGGGCAGUAUGCCCAUGGUGGAGAUUGGUGUUCUUUUUCUGGAUUAAAAUUGUAGACAGUAUAUCUAUAUGGAUAUCAAAAUAAAGCAUUUGAAGGUUU